AUGGCUGAAGAAGAAGUGCAAGCAGCUCCGAGCUCGAGAGAAGGCCUCGAAGAAAGGCUGUCAUCUGACAGUAUCCCAGGUCUUUUCCAUGAGUUCGAAAUCCGUGAUCAAUAUCUCGAUAUCACGGACUUUCAAAUCCACCCAGAAGAGGGGUCACAGCCUCACCCCGAAGACGCCGGCAUGUCGUCUCCGGAGCAGCAGGAACAUGACGACUCGCAAUACCGCCCCGGACCUUGGAGUCUUCAGCCUCGAAUCCCCCCCAUUGAUAUGUCGGAGGGAGAAAGACAGCUGUGUCGGAGGGAGAAAGACAGGAUAUGUCGGAGGGAGAAAGACAAACAUCGGCUCUACAAUCAUCCUCGUCGGAUGAAAGUCCAGCUGGAAAGUCCCAUACCUUCAUACGCGAAGCUCAACGAAGACGUACUUCCAGAAGUACAUGAAGUCCAGCCCAUGGGCUGA